UAUUUUUAAAAAAGACUCUUUAUUUUCUGCUGUGAAAAACUUCUCAGAGGCUGCUUCAGACUUUCAUAGACGACUUAUACAAGUUGAUCUUAACAAUCCCAUUGCAGUGAGAAUGAUGAAUGACCAAUUGAUGCUCCUGGAAAGAGCAUUCAUUGAUCCCCUUGGUUUACCAGAAAAGCCAUUCUAUAGGCACAUCAUAUUUGCUCCAAGUAGCCACAACAAAUAUGCUGGAGAAUCAUUUCCUGGCAUCUAUGAUGCUAUCUUUGAUAUUGAAAAUAAAGUCGACUCUCGUUUGGCCUGGAAAGAAGUAAAGAAACAUAUUUCUAUUGCAGCUUUUACAAUUCAGGCAGCAGCCGGAACUCUGAAAGAAGUGUUAUAGGAAGCUCUCACAUGGGUAGCCAUUAAAGGUAUUGCUCAAAGUCUGAGGAUAAAAUUCACCUUUCUGUUAACUUAUGAA